AUGGCUUCCCGACAUGUCGUGGUACAACUCUUUGCGUAUAGCAGAGAGGAGGCGGCAGAUGACGCUAAGGGAUAUGAAAUGGGCGCUACGUACCGUUGUACAAAUGAGAUGGACGAGACUCGAGAUCGGGUCUUCUGUUUGGUCACCUACACGGCCACGGCCUUCACUCUCAUCUCGAUUUUGGCCAUGUCCUUGACCAUUCCGAUGGCCAAUAACUACGUGUCCUUUAUGAAGACUACGAUUGAACGGGACUUGGAUGACUGCCAGGCGGGUCUAUUCAGAUCAAUGGAAGAAAUCCGCCAGCUGGCUCCUACUGGUGAUAAAACUGGAGCGUUCCCUCGUUUGGUGGAUUCCGAAACAGGAGCGCACCAUAAUCUUACCUUCGGAAAGAGGGAGAAGAGGCAGGCAGCCGUCUGUGCCGGAUGUUGUCUUCCCGGUGAACCUGGUGUUCAAGGCAAGCACGGUAAAAACGGAAGACCUGGUAGACCAGGAGCAGAUGGAGCACAAGGAUUCCCAGGACGUCCACCAAGGGUUCGUUUACACUACACUUUGGAGCUUUCCAAAAAAAAUAACCGCCAAAUUAAGGUUUGCGAACAAAUCGCUCCAACUCCGUGUAAUCCAUGCCCACCUGGACCACCUGGACCGCCAGGAGUGCCCGGAGAAGCAGGAAUCGAUGGGGAGCACGGACCACCAGGUCAACCAGGAUCAAGAGGACAACCUGGGCCAAAGGGACCCGACGGACCUCCUGGAGAGGCAGGCGCCAAUGGUGAAGGAGGAGCCCCUGGCCAACCAGGCACACCUGCACGGAGCAUUGCCUCCACUCCUGGACCUCCUGGACCAAAGGGACCUCCGGGUGCACCUGGAGAACCAGGAACACCAGGAACUCCAGGACCUCCUGGUCAAGCCGGUCAACCAGGAGGUCGCGGACAACCUGGAAGUGAUGGUCUGCGGGGUCCGGAUGGCCAGCCUGGUCAACCUGGUCAGCCCGGAACUCCUGGACCAUCUGGAGAAAAAGGUAUUUGCCCGCAGUACUGCGCUCGAGAUGGAGGAGUAUUCUUCGAAGAUGGAUCCAAGAAGUUGGUCGACUCAUCGAAUCCAGUUCCUCCGCCUCUGCUUCCUCACCAAGAACCAACCCAUCAUAAAGCCUUCGCGACUGGCUGCCUCGACCUCUUUCUCUUUGCCCCAUUUCUCCGUGUCCUCCUCAUUGCACUUUUCUUCGGUUGCACAUUUUCGCGCGAAAUUCGCUUGAUUCAUAGGAUGGACUUGGAUCGGCGAGAGCGGGCCUACCGCUUCGUCGCCUUCUCAGCCGUCUCCUUUUCGUUGGUUGCCAUCGUGGCCGUUUUCAUUACGCUUCCAAUCGUCAAUAACUAUAUUAAUUCUGUGCACGCUCGAGUUCAAAGUGAAAUGGAGCUUUGUAAGCUUUCUGCACGAGAUGUCAUGAUGGAGGUGGCUGAAUAUCGCUCAUUGCCGCGGUCACUGCUUCCUGGGCUCACUCAUCCUAAGAAUAGUACUCGCCAAAAGAGGCAAAUUGAUUCAGGAACUUGCCAGGGAUGUUGUCUUCCUGGAUUACCAGGCCCUGACGGCCCACCGGGUAAAAAUGGAAUGCCGGGAAGACCAGGAGCUCCGGGUGCACCUGGAUUCCCAGGAAGACCACCGGCAGUGUGCGAGGAAGUUACGGCACCACCGUGCAAUCCUUGUCCCCCUGGAGAACCAGGACCUCCUGGACCACCUGGCGAUGCUGGUAGCCCAGGCCAGCCUGGACAUCCAGGACGUAAUGGAAACGAUGGGUCUCCUGGACCACAAGGACCACCUGGACCCCCUGGACCACCUGGAGAUAAUGGAAGGGAUGGAGCACGUGGAGAACCUGGACGCCCUGCUUUCAGCACACCCGCUAUACCCGGAGACCCUGGAACACCUGGAGAGCCUGGACCACCUGGACUUCCCGGAGAUGCUGGACAAAGCGGUCGACCUGGAUCUGACGGACUUACCGGACCACAGGGCCCUCCGGGCCCACCAGGACCACAAGGGCCACCUGGAGAAAUGGGACCUGCUGGACAAGCUGGACAACCUGGACCACAAGGAGAACGAGGUAUUUGCCCCAAAUAUUGCGCAUUGGACGGAGGUGUGUUCUUCGAGGACGGCACUCGAAGAUAA